AUGUUGAACAUUGUUGAAAGAAUUUGUUUGUGUUUUUCCAUAUUUUUGGUUUCCAGUUCACUGGGACAAGAUUUUAGAUGCCCAGAUGGUCCAGGAUUUUUCCCCGAUUCAAUACAAUGUGAUUUAUAUUAUAAAUGUUCAAAAGGAGUUGCAGAAGAGAAAUUAUGUCCUGAUGGUUUAGUAUUUGUUGACAAAGAUCCAAACCAUGAACGUUGCGAUAUACCAGCUAAUGUAGAUUGUGGGGAUCGGACGGAAUUACAGGAACCAAAACCAAGUAAAGGAUGUCCACGUGCAAAUGGAUAUUACAGACAUUCAAAUCCAGAAGUAUGUGAUAAAUUUUUCAAUUGCGUUGAUGGAGUUCCACAUGAAUUACCAUGUCCACCUGGAUUAAUUUACGAUGAUUCCGCUAGCACAUGUGCAUGGCCACAAGAAUCUAAAAGACAGUGUACAAACAGUAAACGAGAUUCAUUAGAAGAUGGUUUCCAAUGUCCAGAAAAUGAACAAUUAGGACAAAAUGGAGCUAAAAUUCCACACCCAACAUACCCACAUCCUGAAGAUUGCCAAAAGUUUUAUAUUUGCCGAAAUGGAAUAAUGCCACAAAAAGGAUCAUGCUCUCCAGGAUCGGUAUACAAUGAUGAGACCUUCAAAUGUGAUGAUCCUGAAAAUGUUCCUGGAUGUGAAGACUACUAUAAAACUGGCAAGAAUUAAUAAGAAAAGUCAGCGCUUGAA